GUCUCUAGUUUGUGGUUGUAAAGUUUCAUUGAGGUCCGUUGAGGUCAAAUGUUAAGGGACCCCUUUGAAAAUGGUCAUGCCAGUUUUUCCUCUCCAAAAUUUCACAUCAGAUUGGUUGGUAAUAAUGACUGCAGUCAUGUUGUUGGCUCUGUGGGGAUGUACUUCAGCACAGCGAUUCUUUGAGCUAAAUGCUAACGUUGGCAUGCUAACAUGCUCACGGUGACAACAAUGCUAUAAUGCUGAUGUUUUGCAGGUGUAAAGUUUACCAUGUCCACCAGCUUUUGUUAAUUAGCACUAACACAAAGUGAAUGAAUGAAUGAAUGAAUGCCUUUAUUGUCAUUGCACAGCUGUACGACAAAGCUCUAGAGCAACUCCUCUCAGUGGUAGAAAAAAACGAACAAAAGCAAGAUAAAAAGAUAAAAAAGAAAUGUGCAGCUGUGGCUUAUGGGAUGUCAUUAGCAGGUUUUUGGUCAUAAAACAAAGUAUUUGAAUUUUAAAAAACGUGACCUGAUGCCUGAUGCCGAAGUCAGAAGAUCACCAGUCCAUCCAUUAGUUGUUUGAGGCUAAAAAGUCAAUGUGAGGAUAAGAAUACAGCUGAACUGUUCACCUGAAUAAUGAGAAGGCAUGACUUACACGUAGUUGGCUGUUGGAGAUGAAGACAUCAUACAAUAGUCUGUAGUUUAAACUGCAUUUAUGCACAAUUAUAAUUAUGGUGAUAACGAGGAUGAGAAUAUCACCCAAGAAUACAGAUGUGACAUCAAAUCAAAGUUCAAGUAAAUGCAUUACGUUUAUCUAAAAUGAUAUGCUUUACAAAAUGUUUGUCGGGAUUGCAAAGUACGGUAUACGGUCAGUUAAAGGUUGAAGGCGAGCUGGGUGGGAAGGGAUAAUGGCUGGAGGGAUUUGGCUCUUUGGCAGCUCUGGGGUUAGCUGCACGGCUGCAGUAUUAGCCGCUGGAACAAUGGACCCUCUCACCAGCUUGUUUACAGGACACAGUAAAUCCACAUAAGCAGUGAGACGGGGGAUCGCGGGACACCACGCACUUCUAGAGGCUAGGGCUCACACACACACACACGCGCUCAUAAAUGCGAGGGGCACAGGUGGGAAUAAUGAUUUUGAGAUCUUUCAGUCUUCCUUUUCAUAAAAGCAUUUUUUGUUUCAGUCUCUUCAUCCCACUUUUUAUCUACAGACGCACAACAUCUGUCUAACUCCCACUUGUGGUUGUAUGUAUCAUGUAUGUGUCAACGCUCCACAGGUGCAGAAACAGAUAUACACAUGCACACACACACACACACACAAAUUAAUUUAUCCCUCCGAAUCGGUCAUGUACAGCUGUUAGUAUGAUUAUGUGAUUAUGCGUGUGUGUGUGUGUACAGUGUGUGUAUGAUUUAUUCAAAGUGCCGUUGGAACCCCCGAGACCAAGAGUGUGUUCACAACUACUUAAAUAAUUCCAAUCAUAGAGUCAAACUUAGUGAUACCUCUGGGGACGCACACACACACAGUUAAUGAAGAUGAGGUCAUUCAUUGCGCAGAACAGUUGGGAAAUCCCAUUGGGCAGUCAAAUGUGAGUUUGUUCUCGUAAAAUGAUUCAAGCUAUAAGAAAAAGGGAAGAACAUAAAGAAGGACAGUGAAAGCUUAUACACAUGUUAGACUAUUUUUGCUUUUGAGUCUUUAUAUCAUUUAAAACUACAAUCAUUUUGCUUGAGAAAGCGUGUUUUUUAGAAAGCUGAAAAAUAUGGACUUCUUAUAGAGAGUUUUGGGCAUUACAGUAACUCUGCUGACGCUGAUUCUAUGUGUGUGAUUAGCUUCAGUCGGUAUCUAUAAAAUCUCCCUUUGGGGAACUUGAGCAACAGCCGCUUCAGUUCUGAGGAAUCUAGUUCAGAUUGAGGUUACAUCCUGGAUACGAAAGACAGAGAUGCUAAAAAGAGGGAAGGUCACAACAAGUUGUGGUGGACACAAGAGUUUCUUCUCAUCAUGUGACUUGGCCAAAUACUCUUUCAUAUUUGGCCCAGAAUCAAACUCCGCCUCAGCAAUCUGUCUCUACUCUACAAGGGACUGUCUCAAGAUAACAUAUGACACACUUAACCUGCCAUAUGCAGAUAAGAGUUGGUUACCGUAAAGGUUCAUCAUAUUUGAAUGUUUUUGAGUCAGUGGUUUGAGGUUGGGCAGCAUGCAGAGCAACAGAAUGAACUAUAAAAAUGAAAAAUAUGAGAAAAAUGUCCCACUCUGUCUCUGCUUGUUAAUGGUUUUAAUUUAAGAUGCCUUACUCAUCCCGAUGCCCACCGGGCGCACAGAGAGAAAGCAAUUGGCAGUUAAGAGCAGAGGCACGGUUGGAUGAAAAUCGAGGUGUGGGAGGGUGGAGAAGAUGGGUCGAGAGACGGGGUGAGGAAAGGAGAUGGGUUCAGCCUGAGUGAUGGCUUUCCAGGGAAACCCUAAAUGGACAAGAGGCAGAUUGAAGAAUUCCCAGAUCCCGCGCUGCCAGGCAGAUCGGAGAGAUGAGACCUCUGGGUGAUGGCUGGUUUUAGAGUUGUGACCAUAUCGGGAAGGAGAAGGCCUGAUAUAAAACAGCGUGGCCUGAGCUCACACACCCAUAUUCCUCCUAAGCGUACCUCCACCUCCUGCACUGGUGAGUAUCUGAGUCAAAUAUUGGAUCCUGUUUAACUGAUGGCCAAUUUUUUAACUCUCAGCACAUUCUGUUUUCUCUCCAUUGAUCAGCCUCUACGUGAGUGAGUAGGUGAGUCAGUUGGUUGGUGUGCAGCAGCAGCAGCAGCCAUGCCAUAUAAAGGGGAGUGCGGGGACGAUGUGGACCCCAUGCCGUUCCUGGGUCCCUUAGAAAAGGAGCGCCUGGAUGCGAUGAAUAAACCGUACGACAUCAAGCGCUCCUGCUGGAUCAAAGAUGAGAAGGAUGCUUUCAUUUCUGGGGAGAUCCAGUCUGAAGAUGGGGACAAAGUCACCGUCAAGACCUCCAAGAACAGUACCGUGAUUGUGAGGAUGGAUGAUGUUCAGCAGAUGAACCCUCCUAAGUUCUACCAAGCCAGCGACAUGGCCAACCUCACUUUCCUCAACGAGGCCAGCGUCUUGGAAAACCUGCGCAGCCGCUACGUCAGCAUGAGGAUCUAUACCUACUCAGGCCUCUUCUGUGUGACGAUCAACCCGUACAAAUGGCUGCCCAUCUACGGCGCUAAAGUGGCCCAGGUGUACAAGGGGAAGAAACGCAACGAAGUUCCUCCUCACCUCUUCUCCAUCUCCGACAACGCCUACCACGACAUGCUGAUGGAGCAAUGGAACCAGUCUAUGCUGAUCACUGGAGAAUCUGGUGCUGGCAAGACUGAAAACACCAAGAAGGUCAUCCAGUACUUCGCCAAUGUUGGAGCUUCUGGGAGCAAAGCCCCUGACACCAAGGGCUCUCUGGAGGACCAGAUCAUUCAGGCUAACCCAGUGCUGGAGGCAUUUGGCAACGCCAAGACCAUCAGGAACAACAACUCCUCACGCUUUGGAAAGUUCAUCCGCAUCCACUUUGGGCCAACAGCUAAGCUGGCUGGUGCCGACAUCGAGAGCUAUCUGCUGGAGAAAUCAAGAGUGAUUUCCCAGCAGGCUGCUGAGAGAGGAUACCACAUCUUCUACCAACUCCUGUCUGGAAGGAAGCCAGAAUUCAUAGAGGCUCUGCUGCUGAAGCCAGACCCCAAACAGUAUGUGUGGUUGUGUCAGGGAGUCACUGUGGUGGAUAACAUGGAUGAUGGGGAGGAACUGCAGUUCACUGAUGAAGCCUUUGAUGUCCUGGGCUUCACUCCAGAGGAGAAGAUGAGCGUGUACAAGUUGACUGGAGGCAUAAUGCACUUCGGCAACAUGAAGUUCAAACAGAAAUCCAGAGAGGAACAAGCUGAUGUGGAUUCCACUGAGGUGGCUGACAAAGUCGCCCACCUCAUGGCCAUCAACUCUGGGGAGCUGCAGAAGGGCAUAACGCGCCCCAGGGUCAAGGUUGGCAACGAGUUUGUGACCAAAGGUCAGAACCAGGACCAGUGCGUGUACUCCAUCGGCGCUCUGGCAAAAGCCAUCUACGACCGCAUGUUCAAGUGGAUGGUGACCCGCAUCAAUAAGACCCUGGACACCAAGAUGCAGCGGCAGUACUUCAUAGGAGUGCUGGACAUCGCUGGGUUUGAGAUCUUUGAGCUCAACAGCUUUGAGCAGCUUUGCAUCAACUUCACCAACGAGAAGCUGCAGCAGUUCUUCAACCACCACAUGUUCGUGCUGGAGCAGGAAGAGUACAAGAAGGAGGGCAUCGACUGGGUCUUCAUCGACUUCGGCCUGGACCUGCAGGCCUGCAUCGACCUGCUGGAGAGACCUAUGGGGAUUUUCUCCAUCCUGGAGGAGCAGUGUGUGUUUCCAAAGGCGACAGACGCGACCAUCAAAGCAGCUCUGUAUGAAAACCACCUGGGCAAGUCCGGCAACUUCCUCAAGCCGAAAGGGGGGAAGAAAGGACCCGAGGCCCACUUUGAACUGGUGCACUAUGCCGGCACUGUGGGCUACAACAUCGCCGGCUGGCUGGAGAAGAACAAAGACCCUCUGAAUGAGACGGUGGUGGGACUCUUCCUGAAGUCCUCCAUGCAUCUGCUGGCUGCGCUCUUCAAAGAGGACGAGUCUGCUGGAGGAACCAAGAAGCAGAAGAAAGGGUCGUCCUUUCAAACCGUCUCCUACUUCUACAGGGAACAACUGAACAAGCUGAUGAGCACCCUGCGAAGCACUGCUCCCCACUUUGUCCGCUGCAUCGUGCCCAAUGAGUUCAAGAAGUCAGGUGUGACAGAUAACCAUCUGAUCCUGCACCAGUUGGCCUGUAACGGCGUGCUGGAGGGCAUCCGCAUCUGCAGGAAAGGAUUCCCUAACAGACUACAGUACCCAGAAUUCAAACAAAGGUACUACAUCCUCAACCCCAACGUCAUCCCUAAAGGAUUCGUUGACAACAAGAAGGCCUCUGAGCUCCUCCUGAGUUCAGUUGGCCUGGAUAAUAUGGAGUACCGAAUCGGCCACACCAAGGUGUUUUUCCGCGCUGGCGUCCUGGCAAAGAUGGAGGACAUGCGUGACGAGCGGCUGGCAAAGAUCAUAACCAUGAUGCAGGCUCAACUUAGAGGAACUCUAAUGAGGGUCGAGUUUAAGAAGAUGGUGGACAGACGAAUUGCACUGAUGGCCAUCCAGCGCAACGUGAGGAAGUUCCUUCAGUUACGCUACUGGGGCUGGUGGAAACUCUACACUAAGGUGAAGCCGCUGCUGAUGGUCGCCCGUCAGGAGGAUAUCUUCAAGGAAAAGGAAGAGGAGCUGAGGGUGGCAGUGGAGAAGGUCAAAGAGCUGGAGGUCAAGAUCAAAGAUCUGGAGGGGAAGACGGUCACUCUGUCACAGGAGAAGAACGACCUCGCCCAGUCGUUGGCUGCAGAGCAGGACACGCUGGGCGAUGCUGAGGAGCGCUGCACCCAGCUGAUGCGCCAAAAGGUCCAGCUGGAGGAGUCGGUGCAGGAUCUAGGUGAGCGCCUGGAGGAAGAAGAGGGCAACGCAGCCUCCCUCCACGGCCAGAGGAGGCAGCUGGAGGGGGAACUGACUGAGCUGAAGGGAGACCUGGAGUCUCUAGAGUCCACGCUGGCCAAGACUGAGAAGGAGAAACAGAGUCUGGACUUCAAGGUGCGAACUCUGACAGGUGACCUGGGUCAGCGAGACGACCAUAUCGCCAGGCUGCAGAAGGAGAAGAGAGCUCUGGAGGAACUGCAACAGAAAACUCUGGAGGAUCUCCAAACAGAAGAAGACAAAGUUAACCAUCUGACCAAGACCAACAGCAAGCUCAACUCCCAAGUGAAUGAGCUGGAGGACAGCUGGGAGCAGGAGAAGAGGAUCAGGGCGGAGGUGGAGAAAGCGAGGAGGAAGGCAGAAGGAGACCUAAAGAUGACCAUAGAGAAUCUGAACGACAUGGAGAACGCUAAGAUCGACCUGGAGGAGGUCAUCAGGAAGAGAGACUUUGAGAUGAACAACAUGAACUCGAAGAUGGAGGACGAACAGGCUCUCAACUCAAUGCUCGGCCGCAAGCUCAAAGAGCACCAGGGCCGCAUUGAGGAGCUGGAGGAAGAGCUGGAAGCUGAGCGAGCCAUGAGAGCCAAGGUGGAGAAGCAGAGGGCAGAGCUGUCACGUGAUCUGGAGGACAUCAGUGAUAGGCUGGAGGAGGCGGGAGGUGCCACCUCGGCCCAGAUUGAGCAGAACAAGAAGCGGGAGACGGACCUGCUGAAGCUGAAGCGGGAGCUGGAGGAGUCAGCGCUCCAAUCAGAGUCCUUGGCGGCAGGGUUGAGGAAGAGGCACUCGGACUCGAUGACGGAGGUGAGCGAGCAGCUGGAGAACCUGAACAGGCUGAGAGUCAAACUGGAGAAGGACCGGCAGAGCAUGAAGGCCGAGAUCGAUGACCUCAACGUCAAUAUGGAAGCCACUCAGAAAGCGAAGAUGAACUCUGAUGCCCACGCCUGUAAACUGGAGGACAACCUGGCAGAGGCCAAUGCUCGCCUGGCUGAGAUGGAACGCACUCAGACUGAGCUCAGCACUGCCAAAACCCAUCUGUCUGCGGAGAACAAUGACCUGAGCAGGGAGUCGGUGGACGCACAGAGUAAGCUGACUCAGCUGACCAGGCUGAAGGCCUCCCUCACCUCGCAGGUCGACGACCUCAAGCGACAGCUGGAUGAGGAAAACAAGAGUCGUAACACAGCGGUGGUGGGCCUGGCCAACGCCCGCCACGACCUCUCCCUGCUGAAGGAGCAGUUGGAGGAGGAGUCGGAAGCCCGCGCGGAGCAGCAGCGCCUCGUGUCCAAGCUCAACGGCGACGUCAGCUCCUGGAGGACCAAGUAUGAGACGGAUGCCAUCCACCGCACCGAGGAGCUGGAGGAGACCAAGCGCAAACUUGCAGUGCGUCUCCAGGAGGCUGAGCAGGCAGCGGAGGCGGCCCAGGCCAGAGCUGCCAGCUUGGAGAAGGCCAAGCAGAGGCUGCAGGGAGAGGUGGAGGACCUCACCAUUGACCUGGAGAGGUCCAACGCAGCAGCGGCAACUCUGGAUAAGAAGCAGCGAGUUUUCGACAAGCUGGCGGCCGAGUGGUCCCAGAAGAACGAGGAGCUGCAACUGGAGCUGGACAACAGCCAGAAGGAGAGCCGCAACUGCAUGACGGAGCUCUACAAGCUGAAGACGGCCUACGAGGAAAGCCAGGCUCUCGUAGAGACCGUCCUCAAGGACAACAAAACCCUCUCAGAGGAGAUCAAGGACUUGGUUGACCAGCUUGGGGAAGGAGGCCGCAGCGUCCACGAGCUGCAGAAGGCUAAGAAGAAAGUGGAGGUGGAGAGGGAGGAGCUGCAGCUGGCUCUGGAUGAGGCCGAAGCUUCACUCGAGGUGGAGGAAGGUAAGCUGGUCCGUGUGCAGCUGGAGCUCGCUCAGGUCAAAGCUGACAUUGACCGCAGAAUCCACGAGAAGGAGGAGGAGUUUGAAGUCACCAGAAAGAACCAUUUGCGUACAGUGGAGUCGCUGCAGGCCAGCCUGGAGGCAGAGGUCAAAGGCCGUGCCGAGGCUAUGAGGUUGAAGAAAAAGAUGGAGGGAGACUUGAACGAGAUGGAGAUCCAUCUGGACCACGCCAACAGGAACAAUGCUGAGCUGAUCAAAACCCUCAGGAAGCUGCAGCAGCAGAUCAAAGAUCUGCAGGUGCAGAUGGACGAGGACGCCCGUCAGCACGAGGAGCUGAGGGAGAAGUACACCCUCCAGGAGCGGCGUCUGUGCCUGAUGCAGGCAGAGAUUGCGGAGCUGAAAGGAGGCCUGGAGGCGUCCGAGAGGUCCCGCAGACAAAUCGAGCAGGAGCUGGUGGACACCACGGAGAGGUUCACUGAGAUCAACAUGCAUUACCAAAGCCUGACUAUCCUGAAGAGAAAACUGGAGGCCGACCUCGCCCAACUGUCCAGUGAGAAUGAAGAGCUGAUCUCAGAGUUUCGCUCUGCUGAUGAGAAAGCCAAGAAGGCCGUGUCUGAUGCAAUGAAACUGUGUGAGGAGCUUCGGCAGGAGCAGAACCGGAGCUCCCACCUGGAGAGUGUCAAGAAGAACCAGGAGCAGACCAUCAGAGACCUCACACUGAAAGUGGAAGAGGCUGAGAUGCUGGCUCUGAAGGCCGGAAAACGAACCAUCCAGAAACUGGAAACCAGGGUCAAAGAGGUGGAGAAUGAGCUGGACCAGGAGCGGAAGCGCCACGUGGAGACGGAGAAAAAUUUCCGCAAGGGAGAGCGUCGACUCAGAGAGCUGACCUUCCAGACGGAGGAGGACCACAAGACCAAUCUGCGCAUGCAGGAGCUGGUGGAGAAACUCCAGAACAAGCUCAAGACUUAUAAACGGCAGAUAGAGGACGCUGAGGAGCAAUGCAACAGCAGCCUGUCUAAAUACAAGCAGACGAUCCAUGAACUGGAUGACGCUGAGGAGCGUGCCGAAGUGGCAGAGAUGAGUCUGAAUCGAAUGAGGAUGAGGAGCCGAGCCUCCACCACUAAGGGUUUCACCUCGGUGGAGAUCGUCCAGGUCACUAAGCCUUCCGGCGGAGGAGAGGAGGAGUAGAGCGGACAAGAGACGCACACACCGCUAGCAGAGUGAGACACACCCAUUCAUCCCUCCAGAGGACGCUUGGCUGAGGAAGUAUGAGCUCAGGCUCCACCGGGGAAAGUCUUCAAAAGGCCCAGACAGAGCUCCUUAAAUAGUCUUAAAUAAUUAAAAGAGUCUUUAACAUCACCAAUAGUCUUAAUAAAUGUAGUCUUAGGAUUGGUCACUUCACCUGUACUAGUCGAUUUGCACAUUAUGUAUUACUGUUAGUAUGCCUUGCAUGUACUGUUUGUGUCUGCUAAAGUGUUUUUAUGUGGAACUUGUCAGGUCCGUCUGACCUUUGCUCUCAUGGCUCUGUCAAAUACUUUGGAUCCCAUAUUGUUUAUGAGUAUGUGCCUUGCGUGAUCUCAGUUAGUGUCCCUACACUGGGGGGAGGAGCGGGCGAAGCUGUGCUCUCACGUCAACGACAGAGAGCCCACCUGUGUGUGUCUCGCUCCUGCAUGUGUGUGUUAAAAGUGUGUGUGUGUGUGUGCAGUGGCCGGCUGCAAAGUCUUAAUAAACUACUAAG